CUAAGGAGCAUUACAAUAAAAUUCAGAAUUUGCCCAAGCAAAACAGAUCAAAAACUGCUGUUCGCUACUUAAAUUUUUAAGAAUAUUUAUUGUUAAAAUGAUGGACAACCCUCCGAAGAGUAUUCAAGCAAGUCGCAAUCAUGUUUCCAGUUUUUUUUCAUUUCGCAGGAUUAAUUGGUUAAAAGUAUUCAUUUUACUGGUACUUGCAAUACUAGUUUUAGGAAUCGGUUAUCAAAUACUGAACAAAUACCCUGUAAAUAAUACCACAAAUUACAAAAUUGUCAUUACUGUAGUACCAAAACCUCAAAUAAUGAAGAUUUGGAACAAAAAUAAUACUGUCACUGGUGAUGCUGUCCACAAUAAUUCAAAUUUCUUGCCUCAAGAUUUGGCUAAAAAAACCGGAGAAGUUGUAAUUAAAUACAAGCCAAGUCCAGAAAGUGAAAUAAGCAAUCCUAAAGAGAACCGUGAUGAUUUUUUGGAUACUUUCAAUCAACCAAAAUAUAUAGUUUAUAUUCAAUUUAUUGAUAUGGCGAAAGAGGAGGAAGUUAUUGCAUAUACAUUCGACACAGAUUCGUUGAAAAGAUUUUUGUGUAAUGUACUUCAACUGUACAAUAAAGUAUUAAAUUAUAAACCAAUUAAAAGAUUCUUCACGGAAAUUACCGAAUCAGCUAUUUUUAUUGAAGAAGUGAAAAAAUGCGGUGAAUUUUUAACUAAUGUAAAUGAAGAAGAUUAAA